UUUAAAAUGUAUACUUAAUAAUUUACACAGAUUAAGAGGUGCAUUUCAAAAGCUGGACUAACAACAUUCAUUCCAACAAUAAAAUAACCAGACCCUUGACUCAUCCAAAAAAGAGCAGAGACCUUCACCACAGCAAUAAUGGAGAUUCCAGUGUUUACUGUGGACGCUUUUACUAACUUACCUUUUAAAGGCAAUCCUGCAGCAGUUUGUCUUUUAGAGAAUGAACUGCCAGUUGAGUUUUAUCAGAAAAUUGCAGCAGAGAUGAACUUAUCUGAGACAGCAUUCAUCACAAAACUGAAAUCAACAGAUGACUUUUGUUCAGGUGCAAGAUUUGGUCUGCGCUGGUUCACGCCUAAAAAUGAGGUGGAACUUUGUGGACAUGCAACACUUGCUUCAUCAGCUGUGCUUUUUUACAAGAAAGGAAAUACCAGCCCAGUCUUGGUCUUUGAGACUUUAAGUGGAGAGCUGUUGGUGCGUCAGCGUGGUGAGUCUUUAGUGAUGGACUUCCCUCUCAACAAACCAGAGAUUCAGGAUCCAAAGAACUUCAAGGAUCUCCUUAAGGAACGACUCAUCAGUUCAAGUUUAACAUCAAACACAGUCACGGACACUUUUGUAUCUCCAAUUUAUCUCACUUGCACGUCUUUGGACUGUGGGAGGAAACCAGAGCUAACGGGGAGAACAUGCAAACUCCACACAGAAAGGACCCGGACCACCCCACCUGGGAAUCGAAGCCAGGACCUUCUUGCUGUGAGGCGACAGUGCUACCCACCGAGCUGCCCUUUAAAUAAUUCAAAAAAGAUUUAUGCUGCAGUGGGCGAUUUGCCCAUCCAGGAUGUGUGCUACAGUAAAAGCAUAAAGAAACUACUAGUGCGUCUGUCUGACUCAUGUGACAGGUCUGCACUGACAUCCCUGAACCCAGUGACUGAGUCUCUGCUGAGCAUUGAAAAGAGUGGAAACAUUAAAAGCAUCGUCAUCACAGUAAAAGGAGCAACAACCACUGCCCCUGGAUAUGACUUUUUCUCCCGCAACUUUGCCCCAUGGCAUGGCAUACCUGAGGACCCUGUGACAGGCUCUGCACAUACCGUACUCGUUCCUUACUGGUCUGAAAAACUUGGAAAGAAAAAAAUGUUAGCUUAUCAGUGCUCUAGACGUGGUGGUGAGCUCCAGCUGGAACUGAGGGAUGACAACAGAGUGGAUAUAGCUGGUCAAGCAGUGGUCAUCCUUGAAGGAACCCUCAAACUGUAGAAUAACUGAGUCUAAUGCUUAAUCAAUAACAUUUAUGGUGCAUCAAUAAAUGAUGCAUAUUUUCUGCAUCAGUCAGAUGUGUUCCAACAGAAAUCCUAUUAACUAGAUUUUUUAACUUCAAAUAAACUUCUUAUAAAAGUUUUUAUUAACUAUAAACAUUUAAAAUAAUAAAAACACACAAAGAUUUCACAUAUAAAAAUGUACAGUAAGACAAGAACACUUGGUAAAAACAGGUCCAAAUUAUAUACAGCGAAGAUCAGUAGGUCAAUAGCUUAACAAUCAUGAGGUAAUACAGCAUCUGCUUCUGUGCCAUAACGUUCUAUAAUCUACACUUGAUGUGAGGUAGAAAGACUGCUACUAAGUGUUCAAGUACAAAUGUUUCACAUUGAGUAAGAUUCCACUUCCAGGAUCUGUGAAAUGUCAGUAAAUCCAACAUUAUCUUGUUACAGGUUGAUUGUAGGUAGAGCCUCAUGAGCAGCAGGUGGAAGCUGGUAAAUGUGGUGCAUAUUAAGGAGAACAACUCUUGUCAGAGAAGAAAGUCUUUAAAAUGGUAUACAUUAGAUAACGUUAUAUUGUACAUUAUCCUUCAGGUUUUAAAGAAUUAUUCAAAUUACACCCCAAAUCUGGCUUAAAUGCCAUACAGUUUGGGUCUAAUGAGAAAUUAUUGUAUGCAAAGUUCUCUAAGACAUUUUAAAAUAAAUUUCCAGAACUGUCAA